UAACGACCUACUGAUAGUGUUUUAAAGCAAAUAUUUUCAGUGGCAGCAUUGGUACUGUCGAAUUUACAAAUUAUGAAUUACUAAAAAGUAGAAAAUAAAACAACUAAAUGGCGGCGUAUGAUAUGCCGCGGGUCGGCUCGUAUUAAUUAAUAAGUAUUAGUAAUUUAGUUAGGCUACUUUUUUACUAAUUAAUUAAUUUAUAGUUUAAAAUAAGGCCUAGGGGCAGGGGGCCUAAUAAAAAUAAUUAAAUAUGACUCAAGAGACUUAGAUCUAGCCAGUACUCACUCAGACAUCUCAGGCUUCUCUGAAGUCACUGUCAGUCAGUUUCUUUUUGUUUUGUCAAAUAAAAAAAAUGGGUACUAAUGUCAUCAAUGACAAUAAUGGAAAGAUUUUUAUACCUUAUGAAUCACUUGAGGACUACAUUCACUGCUCUAUCUGCCUGUCUGUGAUAAGGGGUGCUGUGUUAACACCGUGUGGGCACCGCUAUUGCUCACGCUGUAUAACAGAAUGGGUUGGACAGAAGCAUACUUGCCCAUGCUGCAACAGCCAACUGCAAGCCACACAGUUCUAUUUUGAUGUGCAGUUUGACUCAUUAAUUGAACAAGUUCUUUUACAACGUGACAAGGCGGAGGAAACAUAUUUUGAGAACAUGUUUCAAACCUCUGUAGAAAAUACAAGCAAAUCACCGUUUGAGGAAAUACUUAAAAAACACAUGAAAUCAAGUUUACUUUCCCAUCAGAGAUAUUAUGAUAAAUUAAAAGAAGAUUACAGAAGAAAACUGGAGCUAAUUGAUCGAGGAUCAAGCCUAUAUUUUAUUGGGAGUAAUUCCGAAAGUACAGAUGAAUUAAAAGCAAAGUUAAAAUCAAACCUUGAAGAAAGUGAAAAAUUGAUUGCAGAUGCAUUUGAUAGAUACCUGACAGAAAAUGUUCCCAGCUUUGAAAUACUUCCUGUAAAUGUAAGCAUAUAUUUGGCAGACAAAGAUGUCCGAAUUUUAGAUGUGAUCAUAAAACCCUCUGAAAGCCUCCUUGAAAUUAAGCCAAAAAUUGAGGCAGCCAUGCAAGAACGCUGUGAUGAUAUCUUAAACUGGACAGAUGAUACUGGUGUCCGGCUGCUUUUCGAUCCUCUGGCAAAAAACAGCCAUUAUAAUUUGUGUGAAGUGUUAAAUAACAUUCACAACAGAGAUGAUGUCCACUCUUUGACGUGGGACUCGAGGCCCAUCUUCCAGUUCAACAUGAAACCAGGAAGUGAAAUAGUUCUACAAGGUGUGUUCAAAUCUCAAAGUGAUUUACCCAAACGUUGUUACGUUAAUAUUUUUAAAGAGCUGGGACCUCAGACUGUGGACUAUUUUACUUGUAACAACUGCAAUGUAAAGUGGAUCUGUAAAUCCUGCAUACAGUGUUGUCACACAGGUCACAGUGUAAGUCCUUUUGCUAUGGAUCAUGUCCCUACCUGGGCCUGCUGCUAUUGUCCAAAGAAAAAAUUGUGCAAGAUUCAAGACAAAUAAAAUUUUAGACAACUUUUUAUUGGCUGUAUGUUAUGUUUUAUACAGUUUAUAGCAGUAAAAGUAUUUUAAAAGUAUGUUUUAGUUUAUGAACUCUCUAUAUUCGUAAUUGUAAUAAGUCUUUUGUGGAAUCUUCCUAGGUAUUUCUUUUGAAACAAAAACAGUUAUUGUAAUUCUGACACGCUAAUAAGUUAAUGUAUUUUUAAGAUGUAAAUUGAGUUACUGUUACCAAUUUGUGAAAUUCUGAGGGAUGAUAACUAUUGUUGCUAUAUUGCCUGUUAUUGUGAUACUCAUUAGAUUCUUGUUUUUUAACACAUUUUAUUUUAAAAUUUAAAUGACGGAAUGAAACUUAAAAACCAACAUCCGACAAUGUCAACAAUUUUUGCUUUUCUUGAAUCUUGUGAUAGCUUACAAAUAUGUAAUGGUUACCUUGUUUUCUAGUAAACAGAUACGAAUGUGAUAUUUUAGUAGGUCAAAUUUUCCUUAUUGUGUAUGUUUUAGGUCUUUAGUGCUGUAAUUUAUUUCCCAUUAUUACAAUCAGGUAUAAAUCUAGAUUUUACUUUCUGACCAACUAUUAUUUUAUUCUGUUGUAAAUAAUGACACAUUUUUA